AUGACAUACUACAUUUGGUAUGAGUUCCAUGGGAACCCAGGGCAUAAGACCACAGAUUGCAGACAUCUCCGGGAGGAAGUAGCCAACAUGCUCGCCAGGGCUCAUUUGCAGGAAUAUCUCAGUGAAAGGGCGAAAAAUAACUAUGGUAGAGCCAGAGCGGAUGAAGAGAAGGAUGAAGAUCUCGAUAACACGGUAAAAAAGAACUCGAGACUCCCCGAGGAAAACCUAGUUACUUUCUCUGACCAGGACGCAACAGUCAUUGCUUUACCGUACAAUGAUGUCUUGGUCAUCAUCGUGCUCAUUGGCAAUUAUCGGGUGAAGCGUGUGAUCGUUGAUCUAGAGAGCUCGGCUAAUAUUCUCUGCCGAAAAGUAAUAGAGGAGAUGGGUUUCCUGGGGGAAAUCAUACCGGCAGCAAGAACCCUUGCUGGCUUCAAGAUGUCUAGCGAAACAACUAAAGGUGAGGUAGGCUUGCCGGCAGAAGCCGGAGGAGUCACCAAGAAGAAGCGGCCUAUUGCUGAAGUUCGAAACAGGUUUGUCAAAGAAGAGGUAUCUCGUUUAUUAAAUAUAGGAUCCAUUCGAGAAGUGAAGUAUGCAGAUUGGUUGGCAAAUGUAGUUGUAGUACUGAAAAAGCCAAUAAAUUUAAAAUGUGCAUAG